AUGGCUCUUGGACAGCUCUUUGAACGAGACGACGCCAAUUCUAUUGACAGGACAGUGCAAAAAUGGAACACAGUAACCCAGUCACUAUGCAUCGCUGCAAUGACUCUGUUCUUCCUACUGCGUGUAUACACCCGGGUCUUCCUUCUCAAUGGCUUUAACAAAGAAGACUGGACCUGUCUAGGUGCUUGGCUCCUUGGAAUCAGCUACUCUGUCAUUGCGCUCAUCAUGGGCGAACAUGGAGGGGGUCUGCACAUUGACGAUGUAUCCCCGGAGGACCAGAUUGUCUUCCAAAAAACCGUCUACGUGACCAUGGUGAUGUACGGACCAACCGCAUACCUGACCAAAGUCUCGCUCCUGUGGAUCAUGACCCGAGUGUUCAGCCCAUUCCGCAAAGCCGUGACCUUCAUCUACAUCUUCCUUGGUAUCAUGUUGGCCUACUACAUUCCCGCCGUGAUUGUCAAGAUCCGAAUCUGCGACCCGAUCUCCAAAUUCUGGACACCAGAUCAGCCAGGCUCAUGUCUCAAUCAGCGUGCCAUCAUCAUGGCCGACGCGGUCGUCAGCGUGGUCAGCGACCUUAUCAUCCUCCUUGUUCCGCUACCGUUAACCCUGGGUCUGCAACUCCCAACGAAGAAGAAGAUGCGAGUCAUGGGUAUUCUCGGCGCAGGAGGUCUCGCCGUUGCAUCGAGCAUCAUCCGACUUAUAUUGAUCGUUUACACGGGCCAGUCGAAGGAUGGCACCAUGGCAUUCAUGCGGAUUAACAUGUUCGGAAAUGCCGAAAUCGCCAUCGGCGUCAUCUGCGCCUGUCUCCCUGCCCUCUCCGCGAUCCUCUCCCGCGUCUACCACGAAUACUCCAGCAACAAAGCCACCGGUGGGACCUCGGGCCACGAGCUAAGCAAGAUGAAAAACCAAAGCCGUAGCUUGAAAACCGACAAAAGCCGAAGCCGCAUGAGUUAUCUGGAGACGACGACCUCGGACCAGGACGUUCUGAUGCAUAAUGCGCAAAGCGAGCCGAAGGUUGAAACGACCGUUCACGGGGACCGGAAUUACUAUGGAGGAGAGAACCCUGGUGGAUCGCUCGCCAUCUUCAAGACGGUCGAUGUUGAGACUUCCGUGUCGAGGCGGGAGUGA